CACUUCUUAACCGUCCAUUCGAGCCCGAUGCAGCUCCUUGCCCUUGGUGCCCUCAUAGUUGCGGCUGCGGCACAGACCUCCGACAACACGACCAGCUGCCCGCUGCAAUUCACGAGCGCGUGCGCGUCGUCGACGCAGUGCGGCAAGCUCAACGGUUUUCAGCUCGAGUGUCAGGCGUAUGGCGCGGUGAAGCAGUGUCGCUGCUCCAAGGCCGACGCCAACUGCCAGAACGCGACCAACAUCCCAGAUACGGUGCCCCAGUUUGGUCUGUGCACGGGCGGGAAGCAGUGUGCUGACACGGGCUUCAAAGCCCUCGAUACGCCCGUGCGCGUCUGCAGCGAGCCGUUGGCGUGCGUGCCCCAGAUCACGGCCGGGAACGAAGUCCAGUCGAUCUGCCACACGUGCAGCAGCUGCAAGCAGCAAAACAAACCCGACUCGACCGGCAAGCUGGUCUUCAACUGCACGGCCAUUUGCCCGGCGGGCCAGGGCGACCCGGUGAUUACGAUUGCCCCAACGACGUCGCCGACAACAGGCUCCAAGAACAAGACUGCGUCUGGCAGCAACGCCGCCGGCGACACGGGUACCAACAAGCCGUCCGGCGCAUCCAAGAUUUUUGCCGGCGCCGCGUCGCUCGUUUGUGUCGGGCUUUCGAUGCUCUUGUAGUUAAUAUGUUUUGCGAGAUGCGAAGUCUUUGCAACGACGAAGAUAACGCGAAAUACGUUCAUAUAUAUUGCGAGAGAUGCUGUCAGUUGUCCAUUUACCCACUUCAUAAUUGAACCAACGAACGUUCGUACCACAA